AUGCAGCCCCAGGACUUUGGUCUGAUGGCUCCAGCCAUGGGAGCCAUGACAAGAGCCAUAUCCAAGGAAGGAGAACGCAAUGGGGCCACCGCAUCUCCUGAAGAGAUAAGAGUGGAGGAAAUGGAAGAGAGAGGCCAGUGGAAGAACAAAAUGGAGUUUGUGCUGUCUGUGGCUGGGGAGAUCAUUGGCCUGGGUAACGUGUGGAGGUUCCCAUACCUCUGCUACAAGAACGGUGGUGGAGCCUUCCUCAUCCCUUACCUCAUCUUCCUCUUCACCUGUGGGAUCCCUCUGUUUCUCCUGGAGACGGCGCUGGGGCAGUACACGAGCCAGGGAGGGGUGACGGCCUGGAGGAAGAUCUGCCCCCUCUUUGAAGGAAUUGGAUAUGCCACCCAAGUCAUUGUGGGAUAUCUGAAUAUCUACUACAUCGUCAUCUUGUCCUGGGCACUCUUCUACCUGUUCAGCUCCUUCUCUUCAGUGCUACCAUGGGCCAACUGCAAUAACCCCUGGAACUCAGAUCUCUGUGUGGACAUUCUGAAUAGAUCCAGCCUGGACAACAGGACCUUGCCAGUGAACGCCACCUCCUCAAUGAUUGAGUUUUGGGAGAAGCGCGUGCUGAGGCUCACGGAUGGGAUUCACAAACUGGGCACUGUGCGCUGGGAGCUGGCUCUGUGUCUCCUGCUGGCCUGGAUCAUCUGCUACUUCUGCAUCUGGAAAGGGGUCAAGUCCACAGGCAAAGUCGUUUACUUCACUGCCACCUUCCCAUAUGUGAUGCUCCUCAUCCUGCUGGUCCGAGGGGUGAUGCUGCCAGGGGCUGCUGAGGGGAUCAUCUUCUACCUGAAGCCAGACAUGUCCAAGCUGGCAGACCCACAGGUGUGGAUGGAUGCAGGCACUCAAAUCCUCUUCUCUUAUGCCAUCUGUGAGGGGUGCCUGACAGCUCUGGGCAGCUACAACAAAUACACCAACAACUGUUACAGGGACUGCCUCCUGCUGUGCUCCAUGAACAGUGCCACCAGCUUUAUUGCUGGCUUUGCCAUUUUCUCUGUGCUGGGCUUCAUGGCUCAAGAGCAGGGCGUGCCUAUUUCAGAAGUGGCUGAAUUAGGUCCUGGUCUGGCUUUCAUAGCAUAUCCAACAGCAGUAACAAUGAUGCCUGUGUCUCAGCUGUGGUCCUGCCUCUUCUUCCUCAUGCUGUUCUUCUUGGGACUGGACAGCCAGUUUGUCUGUGUGGAAAGCAUGGUGACAGCUAUUAUUGACAUGUUCCCAGCAGUGUUUCGGAAGAGGGGGCGUCGGGAGCUGCUGAUCCUGGCCAUUGCAGUCAUAUGCUACCUUCUGGGCUUAUUGCUGGUCACUGAGGGUGGCAUGUACAUCUUCCAGCUCUUUGACUUCUAUGCUUCCAGUGGCAUAUCCCUGCUCUUCCUGGCUAUUUUUGAAGUCAUCUGCAUAGGAUGGGUGUAUGGUGCCAACCGUUUCUAUGACAACAUUGAGGACAUGAUUGGUUUCCGGCCGUGGCCCUUGAUCAAGAUCUGCUGGCUGGUGCUCACCCCGGGUCUGUGCUUGGGCGUCUUCCUGUUUUCCCUGAUCAAGUACACACCCUUGAAGUACAACAAUUCCUACGAGUACCCACCCUGGGGCUACGUACUAGGCUGGCUGAUGGCACUCUCCUCCAUGGUCUGUAUUCCUCUCUAUGCCAUCUUCAUCCUCCUGAAAACCAAAGGAUCCCUGAAACAGAGACUGAUUCAGCUGAUUUCCCCAGCGGAGGAUCUGCCGCAGCCAAAGAAGAGGCGCGUGGCGAGGCCGGCCGAUGUGAGGCAGGAGGGAUGGUCUCCUCCAGCCCAGCAGCUGCUCAGCAUCACAGAGAGAGAAACCCACUUCUGA